UGGCAUAUACGCUAACUGUGAGGCGCCAGUGCUGCACAAAAUCGCUCUUGUUAGCCACCGAGUCGUAUAUUUAACAUGUUUUACGCUUCAUCUUUGUUUCUUUUAUAUUUAUGCUUUCAAACGCAUUCAGCAAACAGUGACAAUCCGGUCUUAAAGCAGAUCAAAAGGGGGAAAUGAACGGCUUCGUUUCGAUUAGUGAAGUGGAACCACAACAGCAUCGUGCAGCGUGAUUUUGAUGUUUGCAUGAAGCCACUGCCAGUUACAUAGAAACAACAACAUAUUCACAGAAACUCUUUUUAUACGUCUUUAACGUUUCUGAUUUGAUUCAAAUCUUUUGGACGGGAGAAUCGCCGGUUACAGCCGCUUCUCACUUUAAACAGGUGUUCCCCUGCCCUGGAUUUAUGUUGUUUUUAGGCUCUUCGGAGUUCAUCGGGUGACAAUGAAAGUACACAAGGUUUCUUCUCGGUCCCAACACAAGCAACGAAAUGCCACUAAACGUCACAAUAAGAAUAAAUGGCACAAAAAAGUACGCAGUCUGGACUCGACUCUCCCAAAUACAAGUCCUGGGACUGCAAAGUUGGAGCAACAGAUAGCCAAAAGCGAAAAGCCCACAGUAAAAGGUUUGAAGAAGUUGUAUGUGAAACCUGUGACUUUUAUGCCUAAAAACAGUUGUGCCGAGGAGGAAAAGGUUAAGGCCACUUCUGUAACUUCAGCUCACGUCCACACAAAUGGAGGCACAGAACUGGAUGAAAGCAGCACUUCAGUAGACUCUCAAGGAUGGAGUGAAUAUGCCAAUAGUGUUCUUCAGAACGGCAAGGAGAGUUCAACCUUACCUGACACAGAUGAGCAGAAGGAGGACGAUCUUCAAUUCCAUGCCCACCUUGACCAUACCCAGAACCGUGCUGUUUUAGUCAUGAAACCAGGCCAGGUCUUGUGUUUCCGUGGAAAGUGCCUGCUCACUUGCCUCUAUGGUCAUGUAGAUGUGCUGGGCUUCACCAUAGAGGAGGGCCAACAAUCUUACCCCCUGUUCUCAUCACCAACUCACUGCCCUCUCACCAUCAAGGCCUUAGGAAACAACCCCCCUUACAGCAAGAACAAGAAAGAGGGGCUGCUGGAAGCAAAAGCCAUUGUUCGCAAAUAUUUCUCUUCAGAGCCAAGUAAAAAGCUCAUGAGUGAGGUGGAGUCGGACUCCUGUGUGGUGCUUCUGGAACCUCUGGACACGCCGCUCACUCGCUUUCUCACCAGCUUCUCAGAACUCGCAGAGAUAUUCGGCCUCAACUCCAAGGAGAUCAAGUCCCAGGCUGCCAUUUAUAACCCGGUUCUGUCAGCCGUGGGUGUAACAGCUUUGCGUGGACCCUGCGCACAGGGUCUGGUGAUGUCACCUAGUUUCAGAGAAGCUAUAAGCAGUUUGCACAGUGCCUGGGCAGGGGAAUUUGAUCGCUGUCCCGUAAUUCUGGUGUGUGGGGGGAAAUCCUCUGGCAAGUCCACCUUCAAUCGGCACCUUAUUAACAGCCUGCUUAAUCACACUGUAAGUGUAGAGUAUUUGGAGUGUGAUCUAGGCCAGACUGAGUUCACCCCUCCUGGAUGCCUUUCCUUAUGUACAGUUACAGAGCCACUGCUGGGGCCUCCUUUCACACAUCUGCGUGACCCAAAGCACAUGGUGUAUUAUGGUCAGGCAGAUUGUCAGGCUGACAUUGAUCGGUAUCUGGAGUCUCUCAAAUCCCUCUGGCGCCAUGUCAGUGGAGAGAGUCCUGUCAUCAUCAAUACUAUGGGCUGGAUCAAAGGCCAUGGCUUUCUGAUACUGGUAGACCUCAUUCGUCUUUUUUCCAUUACGCAUGUAGUGCAGCUGAGUUACGGAAAUGCGCCACAGUGUCAGCUUCUCACCCCAGAGUUCCUAAGGACUGCCCACGGCUGGCAGACACACCCUCCGCAGUCCACUUUGACAGAGGAGCCAGCCAGUCACCUCACCACUCAAUCUCAUGUAUUUCUCAAUGUCCAAUCAGAAUUCGAAAGUGCUGGGAGGUCUGGAGAAUUGCAACAUCAGCGCAGUAAUGAGCUGCGAGACCUGGCUCUGCUCGGCUACUUCAGUAAACUGCAGUCCUCAGAACCUGGUCCUAUCCGCCCGCUUCACUGCUUCAUACCCUACCAGGUCCCACACUCAUCAGUGGCUAUAGGGGUAACACACUGUGAGGUCGCUCCCAACAACGUCCUUUAUGCGGUUAAUGCCAGUAUAGUAGGGUUAUGCUGUCUGAGUGAGAAGGUUGUGGGCAGAGGAGGUCCUGUUGUACUCUCCCAAACUCCUAUCUGUCAAUGUGUGGGCUUAGGUGUUCUGAGAGGGGUAGACAUGGCACGAGGGCUGUACUUUCUGGUUACUCCAGUGUCUCCCUCUGUCCUGAGGAACGUGAACUGUCUUCUGCUGGGAGAGAUCACUCUGCCUAAAAUAAUGCUCACCAAGCAGCAUGGAGUUGAAGGAGAUUUACCUUACGUCACCACAGACUACAGCUUUGAAGCCAAAGGGGCAGGAAAGCUUCACAUCUACAAAGGACUGACAAGACCUGGUUUUAUAAAGUCAAAUAACUAAGCUCUUCUGUAUGGACUCUACUUUCUGUGAAUGACAUUUGUAUCCUGGUAUUUGUUUUAUACCAAUAAUAACUGAGGUAAAAUUUGCCAUUGAAUGUACAAAUCUACACAAGUAUCUUGGCUUUUGGAACUGUAUACGAUGGAGUGUAUGAGUGCAUAUGUCGUUUCUUUAUCUAUUGUUGAAUGGCUCCGUGUUUAAGAUCUAUAUGGGAAACUUGUUUUGAUUUGCUGUACUGUUACAGUUUGUCAACAUGUCGUUAAGAAUGUCA